AUGAGGCGGCUCCUUUCACCAUCGGCGACCUGCUCGCGGAUAUGGCCUCGCACUUCCAAAUUCUUCUUGAAGUCCAGGCUUGCCGGUCGCCGUUGGUAUAGCCAGGAACCUCUGAGCGACGACCCCCUAAGGAUUCUUUUUUGUGGCACAGACUCCUUCAGCACAGUCUCUUUAGAAGCCUUGCACAACUACUCAAAGACACCUGGGAGCGGUAUCCUUUCAGUCGAUGUCGUAACAAAAACAGACAAGAGGGUUGGCCGAUCAAGGAGGCAAAUUCGAGCGCCAGCCAUCAAGGACGUUGCAGUGAAACGUGGUCUGGCUGUGCACCAGAUCGAUACAUUUACCGGCUGGCAGCCUCCCAUUUUCGGCGACACCAGGAAGGACCCAUGCAACCUGAUCAUUGCUGUCUCAUUUGGGCUUCUUAUACCGCCUCGAAUUCUGGGCACUGCCAAAUAUGGCGGUCUCAACGUUCACCCGUCAAUGCUCCCCGACCUGCGCGGUCCGGCACCUAUUGAGUGGUCUAUUCUUCUUGGCCGGAGGAAGACGGGCGUAUCGUUGCAGACGCUUCACCCUUCACGGUUCGACGAGGGGCUAGUUUUGGAUCAAACCCCACAGCCUGGAAUAGGCAUACCCAACCCAGAUACAAUUACCUCAAAAGAGCUUGAGGGUUACCUGGCUCGCAUCGGCGCGGAAAUGUUGGUCGACGCAAUUAAGAACAAAUUGUACAUCCCACCGUACAAUCCCAUUCAGCCUGACCGACACAUCUCAAAGGCGGACUUGAUUCACGCUCCGAAGAUCAAGAUGGAGUUCCGCGCUGUCGACUUCACACAACUCAGAAGAACAGAGAUACUCAGACGCAACCGAGCAUGUGGACCCCUUCAUGCCUUCGCUAGCUCUGGUUCCGAGCCGGGCCAGACGCGUCGAAUCAACCUCGACGCGGCCAUGCGAACUCUCGAUGAAGGAGAUAUUCCUGAAGAAGUCCAAUCUGCAGCGCUAUCGAUUCCUGAAGCAGUUCCAUACGCGAUCGUCUGCGCACGGAAAAACAUCAGUGAGAGUCACAAGCCUCUGAUCGUCAACGCGAAGAAGGGUCCCGAUGGAGAAAGUCGACAGAUUGUGAUUCCCGAGGUCACUGUGGCUGCUAUGUCGAGGGCUCCCGGUGCUGCAGCUGCUGCACGCGCCAGACUCUUCGCACAACCCGACUCCUUCGGACAUUUCACACUGUACCGCUUCGCGCACCCACUCACUGCACAGCCAACGCCUACGGAGUCUACCACUUCCCCGUAG